AGAAAACAACUGCAGCUCAGCUCAGCACGGGACAGGAAAAUGGCGGGGGAGCAGCGGCGACGGCUCCCUGCUCCCGCUGAUAAAGGUUCCACCUCUGUGACGGGGGGCUCCUGCUGCUGCUAGUGUUGCUCCUCAUCUAGACCUCUCCUGCCCCCCACCCCACCCCCCACCGCCAGCGCAGGACAGCUGGAGAGGCAUUGGCUUGAUUCCAGGGAGGUUUCGAUCUUGCAGCCACGUCAAUCACGUCUUUACCGCUGGCUGCGGGGCGGCCUUCGUGGCCGGGAUGCCACUGUGUGCCGUGUCAGUCCACAGUGGACGGUGAAGGACAGGAGGAGGCGAGUGAGAGCAGGAGACUGCGAGGAGGACGUCCACACCAAACAGCAGAGAUGAACCUCUGCUGGAAUGAGAUUAAACGCAAGUCCCACAACAUCCGGGUGCGACUUGAAGCCUUCUCCGACAACAGUGGCAAGCUGCAGAUCUCCCUGCAAGAGAUCAUAGAGUGGCUGACUGCCAAAGAUGAGGAGCUCUCAGAACAGCUGCCCAUAGGAGGUGAUGUGGGAGCCGUCCAGCACCAGCGGGAGUUCCACCAGGCAUUCAUGGAAGAUGUCAAGUCUCGCGGGCCAUUCAUCUACUCAGUCUUGGAGUCUGCCCAGGCCUUCCUAGCACAGCACCCCUUCCAGGAGCCAGAGGAGACCCUGACUGAGGGAAAAGAAGUGUCUCCACGGCGGCGAAUCUUAAAUGUGAGUCGCUCUGUGUGGAAGCAGGCAAACGUGGCCAGUGACCUGUGGGAGAAGCUGACAGCCCGCUGUGUGGACCGCCAUAGACACAUGGAGAGGACGUUAGAACGUCUACUGCAGAUCCAGGCAGCCAUGGAAGAGCUGGCCGUGGCCCUGGAGCAGGCAGAAGGGGUACGAGACGCCUGGGAGCCCGUAGGCGACCUGUUCAUCGACUCUCUGCAAGACCAUAUAGAUGCCACCAAGUUGUUUAAGGAGGAGCUCAGCCAGGUGAAGGAGGGAAUGAAGCACAUCAAUGAACUGGCCCACCAGCUGGCCAUCUCCGAUGUCCAUUUGUCGAUGGAGAACGCUCGCACCUUGGAGCAUCUCAACAGCAGAUGGAAAGUGCUCCAGGGUUCAAUAGAUGAGCGGCUGAAGCAGCUCCAGGAUGCACAUAGAGACUUCGGUCCUGGAUCGCAGCACUUUCUUUCCAGCUCAGUACAGAUACCGUGGGAGCGUGCCAUCUCUCCAAACAAAGUGCCCUACUACAUCAACCAUCAGGCCCAGACAACAUGCUGGGACCAUCCAAAGAUGACAGAGUUGUACCAAGCACUGGCGGAUCUGAACAACGUCACGUUCUCCGCAUACAGAACAGCUAUGAAGCUCCGGCGAGUGCAGAAGGCACUGAGAUUGGAUUUAGUGGCUCUGAGCAGCCUUGUGGAGGUUUUUCGGGAGCAGGACCUCCAACAGGGGGAGCAUGUGAUGGAUGUGGUGGAUGUGAUCCAUGGCCUUACGGCGUUGUACGAGAGGCUGGAGGAAGAGAGGUCUAUUUUGGUCAACAUUCCUCUUUGUGUCGAUAUGUGCCUCAACUGGCUGCUCAACGUCUAUGACAGCGUUCGCAACGGUAAAAUGCGUGUCCUCAGUUUCAAGAUGGGCUUGGUGAGCUUGUGCAACGCAGACAUCCAGGAGAAGUACAAAUACUUAUUCCAUCAGGUGUCUGGUCCUGGAGGUUUGACGGACCAGCGCCACCUCAGCCUGCUGCUCCAUGAAGCCAUCCAGAUCCCGCGCCAGCUGGGUGAAGUAGCUGCAUUUGGGGGCAGUAAUGUGGAGCCAAGCGUUCGUAGCUGUUUCCGUAUGGCUCCAGGGAAACCUGCUAUAGAGGUGUCUCACUUCCUGGAAUGGAUGAGCCUGGAGCCCCAGUCGAUGGUUUGGCUUCCGGUCUUGCACCGUGUGAUUGCUGCAGAGUCUACGAAGCACCAGGCCAAAUGUUACAUCUGCAAGCAGUGUCCCAUCAAAGGCUUCAGGUAUCGUAGUUUGAAGCAGUUCAAUGUGGACAUCUGCCAGACAUGUUUUUUAACCGGCCGCACUACCAAGGGAAAGAAGCUGCACUACCCCAUCAUGGAAUACUACACCCCGACGACCUCAGGGGAGAAGAUGAGGGACUUUGCAAAGACUCUGAAGAAUAAGUUCAGGUCAAAGCAGUACUUCACCAAGCACCCCCAGAGAGGCUACCUGCCCGUCCAGUCUGUGCUGGAAGCCGAGAGCUCCGACACGCCGUGUUCGUCACCAAAGCUUCCACAUGCGGACACGCACAGCAGGAUUGAACAUUACGCAAGCAGAUUGGCAGAAAUGGAGAGCCAGAAUUGUUCAUUCUUCACGGACAGCCUGUCUCCUGAUGAAAGUCUGGAUGAAGAUCAGUACCUCCUGCGUCACUCCAGCCCAGCCCAGGACCAUGACUCACCAUGUGGACAGCACAUGUUCCUGGCCCACCUGGAGAACCAAAACAAGGAGGAGCUACAGCGCACCCUGGCCCGCCUGGAGAAUGAGAACAGGGUGCUGCAGGGGGAGUACCGGAGGUUAAAGUGGAAGCACGAGGAGGCGGCGUCACUUCCCAUGCUGACCGAAGCCGGGGAGGGCGGGGCGGGUUCACCCACGGCAGACGUGCAGCAGGACGAGGAGCUCCUGGCUGAGGCGAGAGUCCUCCGGCAACACAAGACCCGCCUGGAGACGCGUAUGCAGAUCCUCGAGGACCACAACAAACAGCUGGAGUCCCAGCUGAGGAGGCUCAGGGAGCUGCUGCUACAGCCCAAAGAUGAUUCAGAGGCAAACGGGUCCGAACUAUCGACCCUGUCUUCUCCUGUGUCCGCUGGGGGUCACCAUGGGGAGCCGGCCAGCAGGGAGACGACCGACACCGAAGCAGCAGGGGAUGAUAUGGAGCACGAGCAUGAUACGGUGCUGCAACUCCAAGAGGUCAUCGAGCAGCUGAGAAACGUCUUUCCUUCAGAACCCGGCACCACCUCACACAUCUAACCGCGGAUGGGCUUGGAAGUGGAGAGCAACGCCUGCUGGCAGAGGGUGGAGCGUCACGCGGAUGAGGUCACGCUAUGACACGCCAGGCUCCGUGACCUCGACAGCAGCUACGUUAAACCUGAGCUAACCCUUCUCUGGAUGUCUGUGCACUAAAAAAGAAAAAAAGAAAGAAAGAAAAGAAAAAAGAGCCUUUUUUAAUGCAAACUGCUGAAGGCUUCCAGCAGAUGUCCAUUUGGCCGGGCCGCGGCACGGCUUGACACCAAAGCAAACUUACUCCAGGAGAAAGUUAAUGCUCAGCCAAGACACUGUGCUUACCAGAAUCAUUUUAGGCGUUUCAGAGGUGUGAAGCUUUAUCGGUCCACAGCACAAAUUAGACCUCGCGUGUCACAGGAGGAA